AUGGUCAGUUCCUGUUGUGGUUCCAUCUGCUCUAACGAGGGCUGUGGCCAGGAGACCUGCUGCCAACCCAGCUGCUGCCAGACCACCUGCUGCAGGACCACCUGCUGCCGCCCCAGCUGCUGCAUCUCCAGCUGCUGCCAGCCCACCUGCUGCCGCCCCAGCUGCUGCAUUUCCAGCUGCUGCCGCCCCAGCUGCUGCCAGCCCACCUGCUGCCGCCCCAGCUGCUGCAUUUCUAGCUGCUGCCGCCCCACCUGCUGCCGCCCCAGCUGCUGCCGCCCCAGCUGCUGCCAGCCCAGCUGCUGCAUCUCCAGCUGCUGCCAGCCCACCUGCUGCCGCCCCAGCUGCUGCAUCUCCAGCUGCUGCCAGCCCACCUGCUGCCGCCCCAGCUGCUGCAUCUCCAGCUGCUGCCAGCCCACCUGCUGCCGCCCCAGCUGCUGCAUCUCCAGCUGCUGCCGCCCCAGCUGCUGUGUGUCCAACUGCUGCCAGCCCCAGUGCUGCCAGCCCACCUGCUGCCAGCCCACCUGCUGCCAGCUCACCUGCCGCCAGCCUUGCUGCCGCCCCUGCUGCUGCCUGCGUCCAGUCUGUGGCCAAGUCUCCUGCCACACCUCUUGCUAUCGCCCAACCUGCGUCAUCUCCACCUGCCCCCGCCCCCUGUGCUGCGCCUCCUCUUGCUGCUGAGCCCGCCGC